GCAAUGAGUCAUCAAUGUGUUGAGUUUAUUGAUCGAGGCAGGACACAGAUGUUGACUAUCCCAAACGAGUGGAUCAGUGGAGACAAGUUUUUUUGGCCCAAUAAAAGUGUAUAUGAAGCAGGCAAACUCUUCAAAGCCAAAACACUCCCAAAAGAUGAUUGGCAAAGAUAUAAGAUUACCAGGAUCUUAAAAAACGGUAAUGAAAGUGAAUGUAAUGCUGUGUCAAGCAGUAUAUCUGAUAACGAUGAAUCAGAAAGUCCAGUUUAUAAUGAUUUGCUUCCCCAAACCUCGGAGUUAGCAUUGCCAAUUAUUCCAUCAUUUUCUCCUCCAAAGAAAAAACAGCACCUUGCUAACGAUGUGUCAUUCGAAGUUCCUGACACACAGAAUCUGAGUUUUUUGAACUUGUGCAAUGUGGAUAACAGUUCGGCUUUCAAUAAUCUGUCAUCAAUAUUGACACAUCAGCCUUGCUUUGAAGAAAGUGGAAACACCUCUCAAAGUUCAUCAAAAAAACCAUCAUUAGACUCGUUACAAGAAACAUGCAAUCAGAUUCUGGAGAAUCAAAAGAAAAUGUGCAGGUACCUUGUUCGCCUGGAAAGGCGAAUAGAUGGUAUGGAAGGGCAAAACCAGGUACCAGUUGACAAAAGGCCUCUGGUUCAAAUUGACAACAGGGAAGAACUUGAGCUUUGUGAGGAACGUUUGGGAAAUCCUGAAGACUUCACGGCAAUGAAACAACAAAUAUCACAAAUUGGCGGGGUGGACUACAGAGAUGCUGUACGUCUCGCAAUGAAUAGGAUCUUCACCACUACAUUCAUGGCGCAAGCCAAUUUAAAAGGCAAGAAAGACAAAGUCCCGCUGGAAGGGAAAUUAAUUUAUAGAAUUAUAGUAGAAUCUGUCAACGAGCGUUUUAAAGAUGCGAACGAACAAGAGAUGAGACGCAUAAUUGGAACCAAACUUCGAAACGCUCCCAGUCAAAGGAUCAGGGACAUAAGGGGUACCUUAAAUGUAUAAAUUUCCAAAAAACAAAUAAAAAGCCCUUUCGACUUACCUCA